AUGUCUCAGAGCAGCAUUCAUGGUAUUGAAGGUAUAAAACAAAAGAGAAAACAUUUGUCAAUUGAUCAGAAAGUUGACUUGAUAGAGAAAGCAGAGCAUGGAUACUCUGUCACUCAACUCGCCCAAGAAUUCAACAUCGGUAAAGCUACAGUUUGUGAUAUAAAAAAGCAGAAGGAUAAUAUUAAGAAAUUCUUUGCUCAAACUCAUGCAAUAGGCAACAGGAAAACAUUGAAACCUGCUAAGUAUAUGGAUUUGGACUCGUCUGUAUUUAAAUGGUUUACACAGCAUCGUGCGAAAGGAAUUGCUGUUUCAGUUGAUUCUAUUAGAAAUGCAGCUGAAAGACUUGCUGUAAAGUUAAACAUAGACAAUUUCAAGGCUAGCAUUGAAUGGGUAUGUCGAUUUAAAGAGAGGCUUGAGAAGAGUAUUCCUGGUUGCAAGGUAAAGAAGGAAAGAAUUUCAGCAUUAUUGUGCUGUAACGCAGAUGGCAGUCACCGAACAAAGUACGCAAUUGUUGGGAAAUCUGCCAACCUCAGAGCAUUGAAAAACUGCAUGAACAGACUACCUGUCAUCUACUACAACACAAAAAAUGCCUGGUUCACACAGAUUACUUUUGAGGAUUGGUUCCAGAAUCACUUUUGUAAAGAAGUAAAAAAGCAGCAGAUCAAUAUGUGCAGAAUUCAUCCUGCUGAGAUAAAGUCAAUGUUGUUGACUGAUAAUGCCCCAGCUCACCCCAUUGCUAAAUUAACAUCACCUGAUGGCAAAAUAACAUGUAUGGCUUUACCACAAACACUACAUCUGUAA